UACUAUGAUCGUUGUGGUUGUCGGAGAGAUGGAGUCAGUUGUACUGUCAUUGACCUGCAUCACGCCUCCCUUGGCUUGUGUCGCUCUCUUGGUUGGGUUGUUGUUGUCAUCGAUGUUGUCUUCUCUCCCUUAUUGUUGCCCUCUAUUCUUGGUUAA